AUGUCAGACAUUCUUCAUCGAGAAGAGAAAUAUAAUGAAGUUAUUGAUAUUCAUCGUCAAGCAGUAGCAAUGGAAAAGAAACGUUAUUCAGUUGAUUAUAUGAUUAUCGCUUACAUUUUUUCUACUAUGGGUCAUAUUUACUCUGAACAAGGAAAAUAUGAAUCUGCUUUAGAAUUCCAACAGCAAUCGUUGGCAAUACUAAAACAACACCUAUUUUCUGGUCAUCCUGAUCUUAACUGUCUUUUGAAUAACAUUCAUUAUCUUCUUUGUAGAUUAGAACAGCUUAAUGAUGCUAUAGAUUAUCAUCGUCGAGCACUUGCUAUGCAUGAGAAAUAUUAUCCAUCAUAUCAAGCCAGCGUAGCACAUAUAUAG